AUGGCUGAUUCUGAGUCUCAGGGUUCGUCUAUCUCUCUGGCAUCUACCAAAGUCUGUAAUUCAUUGGCUGAAGGGGAUGGACCAGUCACUGAAUCUCAGCCAGUAGUAGAGGAUGAGAUCCCAGCGGUGCCUGUCUCCAUAUCAGAGCGCUACAGAGUGGGACGUACUUUGGGAGAUGGUAACUUUGCGGUGGUCCGGGAAUGUGUGGAACACUCUACAGGCAGAGAAUACGCCCUGAAGAUCAUUAAUAAGGGCCGACGCCGGGGCAAGGAGCAGAUGAUCCAGAAUGAGGUAGCCAUCCUCAGGAGGGUGAAACACCCCAACAUUGUCCUGCUGAUUGAGGAGAUGGACACUUACAGCGAGCUCUACCUGGUCAUGGAACUGGUUAAGGGGGGCGAUCUGUUCGAUGCCAUCACGUCCACUAACAGAUACACAGAGAGGGACGCCAGCGGGAUGCUGUACAACCUGGCCAAUGCCAUCAAAUACCUCCACAGCCUUAACAUCGUACACAGGGACAUCAAACCAGAAAACCUACUGGUGUAUGAGCAUGCUGAUGGCAGUAAGAGUCUGAAGCUGGGAGACUUUGGUCUGGCCACGGAAGUAGACGGACCUCUCUACACAGUCUGUGGGACACCCACAUAUGUAGCACCCGAGAUCAUGGCAGAGACAGGGUAUGGCCUUAAGGUAGAUAUCUGGGCAGUAGGAGUCAUCGCCUACAUCUUGUUGUGUGGCUUCCCUCCCUUCCGCGGGAGCAGUGAUGACCAGGAGUUGUUGUUUGACCAGAUCCUAAUGAGGCAGCUGGAGUUCCCUCUCCUUUACUGGGACAAUGUGUCAGAGACUGCCAAGGAGCUGAUCAGGUCCAUGCUGCAGGUGGAGGUGGAUCAGAGAUACACAGCAGUACAGGUGUUGGAGCACCCUUGGGUCAAGGAUGGCGGUGUGUCAGAGAAUGAACAGGAGCUGUCAGUAGCAGGAAAGUUAAAGAAGCAGUUCAACACCGGCCCUAAAGCUAAUGACACCACCGCCGGGGUGUCUGUCAUUACGUUGGAGCACAGCUUCUGUUUGCAGCGCUCUGGGUCGUUGGACUUCUACCAGCACCCGGCCAUGUACUGGAUAAGGCCACCACUCCUGAUAAGGAGGGGCAGGUUCUCAGACGAAGACGCAACCAGGAUGUGA